GUUACUUCCUGGUGUACAGGAGCUGGCAUUGAUCAGGAGCUCUGUCUGUCAGCCAUGUAUGCCUCAGGGAAAUACAGCUCGCGGGGCCCUGCUCUCAUCCCGCGGAUGAAAACCAAGCACCGCAUCUAUUACAUCACGCUCUUCUCUGUGGUGCUGCUUGGCCUCAUCGCCACCGGGAUGUUUCAGUUCUGGCCCCACUCCAUCGAGUCCGCAGCGGACUGGACCCUUGAUAAACGCAGUGUUCACGACGCACCUCUGGUCCACCUCCCUGUCUCCAGUCCGAUUCCUGAGAGGGGGGAUCUCAGCUGUCGCAUGCACACCUGUUUUGACGUGUACAGAUGUGGCUACAAUCCUAAAAACAAAAUCAAGGUGUACAUCUACCCUCUGCAGAAGUUUGUGGAUGAAUUGGGGGUUCCCAUCAGCAGCACUGGACUGUCUCGAGAGUACAAUGACCUGCUCAGUGCCAUCUCUGACAGUGACUUUUACACUGACGACGUCACCAGGGCCUGUCUUUUUAUCCCGUCUACUGAUGUGCUGAACCAGAACUCCCUGCGAAUCAGAGAGACUGCCCAGGCUCUGGCAAUGCUACCCAGAUGGGACAAAGGGAUGAAUCACCUACUUUUCAACAUGUUACCCGGAGGCCCUCCAGACUACAAUACUGCUUUGGAUGUGCCCAGAGACAGAGCGCUGCUGGCUGGAGGUGGUUUCUCUACAUGGACCUACAGACAAGGUUAUGAUGUCAGCAUUCCAGUUUACAGCCCCCUCUCUGCAGAUGUUGAGCUGCCUGAGAGACAACCAGGGCCACGGCGCUACUUCAUUCUGUCUUCUCAAACUGCUAUCCACCGAGAGUACCGUGCUGAACUGGAGCGCUUGAAGGAAGAAAAUGGAGAAGCGCUGCUCCUCCUGGACAAGUGUAGCAACCUCUCUCAGGGUGCCGCCUCUGCACGAAAACGCUGCUGCAAGGGGCAGGUGUACGACUACCCACAUAUCCUGCAGGAGUCUUCAUUCUGUGUGGUUUUGCGCGGGGCGCGUUUGGGACAGGCUGCCCUCAGUGAUGUGCUGCAAGCCGGCUGUGUCCCCGUCAUCCUGGCUGACUCCUACAUUCUGCCAUUCUCUGAAGUACUCGACUGGAAAAGGGCAUCUGUGGUGAUUCCAGAGGAGAAGCUGUCAGAGAUGUACACCAUCCUAAAGAAUAUUCCUCAUAGACAAGUCGAAGAGAUGCAAAGACAGGCACGCUGGUUCUGGGAGGCCUACUUCAGCUCCAUGAAGGCUAUUGGCUUGACAACGCUCCAGAUCAUCAAUGAUCGCAUCUACCCUUAUGCUGCACGGACGUAUGAGCAGUGGAACAAUCCACCCGUGGUGAAGUGGUCCAGUGUGAACAGCCCUCUGUUCUUGCCACUUAUCCCACCAAGAGCACCUGGGUUCACUGCAGUGGUGCUGACCUACGAUCGUGUUGAGAGUCUUUUCCGGGUCAUCACAGAAAUCUCUAAGGUGCCGAGCUUGGCUAAGCUGCUGGUGGUGUGGAAUAACCAGAACAAGAGUCCUCCUGAGGAGUCUCUUUGGCCAAAGAUCGGUGUUCCUCUCAAAGUAGUGCGAACGAAAGAGAACAAGCUGAGUAACCGCUUCUUCCCCUACGACGAGAUCGAGACAGAAGCUGUGCUAGCGAUCGAUGAUGACAUCAUCAUGCUGACAUCUGAUGAACUGCAGUUUGGCUACGAGGUAUGGAGGGAGUUCCCAGACAGGCUGGUGGGCUACCCAGGACGGCUGCACCUUUGGGACCAUGAAAUGGGGAAGUGGAAGUAUGAAUCGGAGUGGACUAACGAGGUCUCCAUGGUUCUAACUGGAGCCGCCUUCUACACAAGGUGACAUGGGAAAAGUUACUUCAACUAUUUGUACACAUACAAGAUGCCUGGAGACAUCAAGAACUGGGUGGACGCGCACAUGAACUGUGAAGAUAUUGCCAUGAACUUCCUGGUGGCUAACAUCACGGGCAAAGCGCCCAUAAAGGUGACCCCCAGGAAGAAGUUCAAGUGCCCUGAGUGCACUGCCAUUGAUGGACUGUCCCUGGACCAGACGCACAUGGUGGAGAGAUCUGAGUGCAUCAACAAGUUUGCAUCCGUUUUUGGUACGAUGCCUCUGAAGGUGGUGGAACACCGUGCGGACCCUGUGCUCUAUAAAGACGACUUUCCAGAGAAGCUCAAGAGCUUCCCCAACAUCGGCAGCCUCUGACCCGCCUGUAACAGAUGUGUGUAUCCUGUCACAGCCUCUACUCUGCAACAUUUCUCACCAACUUUGUCUUUUACAUUUAAGACAUCAGUAUUCAGACUAAAGGGGUCCCUGCGCCUCUCACCUUUCGAUUCAAGUGACUUUCUCUUUGAUUUUUAGAUGUAAUGUGGAAGGCAAAAUGACAGGUCACUGCAAUAUGGUGAUGAGUGUAAGGAGAACAAUUUGUUUAUUUGGCUGAAAGUGAAAGAUCAAACAUUUACCAAUAUGAAUGCACACACUAAUGUUACAUUAACUGCUAUCAGAGGGUCACCCUGACAUGAUGUUCGAUGGACAAGCUGACUGGCAGGAGGCUUGUGGUCUCUCACUGUUACUGUUUUGGAGCUGGAAGCUUUGGGCUUCAGCCGCUUUGGAAUCAGUGUAUACAGUGUAUAUAUUUGUAUUUUGCAGCAGUGCUGUAUAAUAGUCAUAAUUUAUGUUGCCCCAAUGAGGAAUUGUUUUCCUUUUCAACAGAUGGCAUGGACCUGAUUAUUUUUGCUGUCCUGUAUUAAAAGUAAUACAUGUUUAAUUGACAUUGAUAUAUAUAUAUAUAUAUAUAUAUAUAUAGACAU